AUGUCAAGAAGACUUUCAAAAGAAUUAGAAUAAAUGCAAAAGUCAUUUGCAAAUGAAUUCAAUAUAAAAUUGCCCAAUAAUGAAAUUUCACAUUGGAUUGUUGGAUUUGAAGGUGCAAAAGGCACCCUAUAUGAAGGGGAGAAAUUUGAAUUGUAAUUCAAGUUCCCAAAUUCAUAUGUAGAACCAAUCGAAUCCCCUGAAGUCGUCUUUCUAGGUAAGCCACCUGAACAUGAACAUAUCUAUUCAAAUGGAUUCAUUUGUUUAUCAAUAUUAUACGAUGAAUGGUCUGCUGCUCACAAUGUAUCGUCUUUGUGUCUCUCAAUCCAAUCCAUGAUGUCGAGCGCAACCAUAAAAAUGAAACCUCCCAAUGAUGCAGAUUUUGUCAAGUAAGCAACUGGAAGAGGUCCAAAGAGUUAUAAAUGGACUUUUCACGAUACCAAGUGCUGA